AUUCGAGGCUUUCAUGCAUGUUAUAUAAACCAUGCUUAUGCCCUUCACUAACCAAACUCAACCAUUGUCCUUUCUCCCAAACCCUAAUCUUCUUUCUAUUAUUUCUUCCACUUACUAUUUAUUCCAUCUCUUUACUCUUUAAGGAAGAAAAUGAAUAGGCCAGGAGAUUGGAACUGUAGGUCAUGCAACCAUUUGAACUUCCAAAGAAGAGAUUCUUGCCAGCGUUGUGGGGACCCACGUCCCGAUGGUCGAGGUGGUAGCGAUUACAGCAGCUAUGGAAGAUCUAGUGGGCCAUCCUUUGGUGGUGGCUUUGCGGGCCCGGAUGUAAGGCCUGGUGACUGGUACUGUAGCAUUGGCAACUGUGGAGCCCACAACUUUGCUAGUAGAUCCAGCUGCUUCAAGUGUGGGGCCUACAAAGAGGAAUCUGGCUCACUUGAUGGCAUCACCCGCUCUCGUGGAAUCUUCCUUGGUAGUGCUGGUGGAAGCGGCCGCUCUGGCUGGAAAUCUGGUGACUGGAUAUGCACUAGGUUGGGUUGCAACGAGCACAAUUUUGCAAGCAGGACUGAGUGUUUCAGAUGCAGGGAACCAAGGGAUUCUGGCAGCAACUCUGAAUAUUAAAUUAUCAUUUUAUCUUAAUUUUCCAAAAAUAUUCGAGUAAUGCAAUGCUGAUGGAAAUACAUAUUAAAAUGAACGAAGAAUAUCAAGUUACUACAUAUGACGGCAUAAUUUAGAAUUAUUUCCUUUUUAGAUUUUGUCUCAUUUAAUUUAAUUGUUAGGCGAUCGAAAUUUUAUGAAUUAAGUUAAUUAGCUGAUGAGUUUUCAAUUGAUUUUGUUACUUUUGUAGUAUGAUAAUCUUUUUUUAGAUAGCUAGAUAUUUUGUUGGUCAAAGCUCAUGUCACUUUAAUUAUAUUUGUCCUUUCGAUUUUUUUUUUAUUUUUAUUUUUAUUUGAUCUAGUUUGGUGGGAGAAUCUCUCGGCCGUAAAUUACUUUUAAUCUUUUAUGUAGUGGUUCAUGUUCUGCGAUGCAAUGAGUUUGAUUUUUGCUAAUACUAAUUAGUAAUAUUUGCUUA